AUGAAAUCUCUCAUUUCCAUCGCCGCUGCGAUUUCUGUAGCCAACAAGGCUCACGUUUUGGCUGCUGAGACAGUAGCUCCGUGUUGCCAAAUACUUGGAGAUGCCUCUGCCUUGGAUGGAAAAGUGUACUUGCCAUCUUCAGCACCGUAUGAUGCGCGGCUCGAGUCAUACUGGUCGCUGAGCGCGGCGCUACGACCAUGGUGCAUGGUACUGCCAAGCUCUGCCGAGGACGUCUCUGUCAUCAUGAAGCUUCUGGUCGAGCACCACUGCCACUUUGGAAUUCGAGCAGGAGGGCAUGGCGGGUUUCCGCUGUCCAACAGUGUCCAAGAUGGCGUGACCAUUGAUCUUGGCCACAUGAACACAACUACUUGGAACCCUGAAACGGGACUCGCCUCGAUCCAACCCGGUAGUCAAUGGCAGCACGUGUACGAGAGUCUUGCUCCUCACGGCGUCGUCGUGGCUGGAGCCCGCAUCGACUCUGUUGGUGUUGGGGGGUUCCUCACGGGCGGAGGACUGUCGUUCCAUAAAGCAUCGCAUGGCCAGGCUUGCGACAAUGUCGCCAAUUUUGAGGUUGUUUUGGCCAGCGGAGAAAUCGUCAAUGCCAACGCAAGCUCCCACCGGGACCUGUGGCAGGCUCUCAAGGGCAGCAGCGGCAAUCUCGGCAUCGUCACCCGGUUUGACAUGUACGGCAUCGAAUACGCGGACCCGGCAAAGCCUGUAGUCUGGGGCGGAGCCGUCGUCUAUCCAGAGUCGCUCGGGAACGGUCUCAUCGACGCCAUGGUGGAUUUCACAGACAAUAUACACAAGGACGAGAAUAGCUCCGUCAUCCUGGCUUGGGCGUACAAUCCCGAGGAAGACGAUGCUACCCUUAUUCAAGCCAUGUUCGCCAAUACAGAGGCAAAGGUGAAGCCAGCAGCAUUUGAUGGCUUUUACGCAGCAGAGGGCAUGCUGAGCGAUGACACUCGAGUCGCCAGCAUGGCACACCUCGUCAAAGAGCUAGGCAUCACACAAGUCGCUGGUAAUCAUAACGCUUGGUAUGUAAGCGCUUUCCAAAAUGACGCCCGGCCGAUGCAGUACGCCGUCAAAAGGUUCUACGAGCUCCAAAAAGAGCUUGAAGAAGUAGCACCAUCACCAACGUCUGGGUUGAAUGUAGCCUUGUACUUUCAGUCGCUGUCAAAGUCCAUGACGGACAAGGGCAUCCAAAAAGGGGGCAACGUGAUUGGGCUGGAGCGCUUCACAGAGAAGUCCAACGGCAUCCUGAUGCUGAUCUUGGUCACUGUCAAGGAUGCCGAGUCAGAGAGGCUCAUUGUGCCAAGAGUGGAAAAAUUCACGGAUGAUUUGGACUUGUAUGCUGCCUCCCUCAAGCUCAAGUGGGAGUGGAGAUACCUGAAUUAUGCUUGCGCAGUACAAGACGCCAUCGCCAGCUACGGGACAAGGUCGGUGUCAAUGAUUCGAGCUGCGGCAGACAAGUAUGAUGCCAGCGGGGUUUUCCAGAGCUUGCGGGUCUCUGGAUUCAAGAUUCCCAAGGAUCAUUAUUCCAAGACGGAGCUUUAA